AUGGCUUUGAAUGAAGCAAUAGAGAAAGCAUAUGUUGAUAAUUUGGUUGACUAUGCAGAAGUCAACAGGAAGGAACCUGUAAAUAAUGGCAUGCUGCUGCUUCUGCCAAAGGAAGAGUUGGAAGAUGAAACUUCACCUAUAACACCUUCCACAAAAUGUAGGGGCUCAAGAUAUUGGGUAACAGAGAUGCAUGUAGAUGGAUUUCGGUUUGAUCUUGCCUCUAUCAUGACAAGAGGCAGCAGCCUUUUUGAUGCAGUAAAUGUAUAUGGAAAUCAAGUAGAAGAUGAUUUACUGACAACUGGCUCACCUCUCACCAACCCACCAUUAAUUGACAUGAUUAGCAAUGACCCAAUACUUCGAGGAGUGAAGCUUAUAGCUGAAGCAUGGGACUGUGGAGGCCUUUACCAAGUCGGUGUGUUUCCUCACUGGGGUAUUUGGUCAGAAUGGAAUGGAAAGUUCAUUAAGGGUACAGAUGGAUUUUCUGGUGCUUUUGCUGAAUGCCUUUGUGGGAGCUCUAAUCUAUAUCAGGAAGGUGGUAGAAACCCAUGGAAUAGUAUAAACUUCAUAUGUGCACAUGAUGGCUUUACACUGGCUGACUUAGUUAUGUACAAUGACAAACAUAACCUUGCAAAUGGUGAAGACAACAAAGAUGGAGAAAGUCACAAUAACAGUUGGAAUUGCGGGAAGGAGGGGGAGUUUGUAAGCAUAUCAGUGAAGAGAUUGAGGAAACGACAAAUGAGAAACUUCUUCCUUUGUCUAAUGGUUUCACAAGGUGUACCGAUGAUACAUAUGGGGGAUGAAUAUGGUCACACAAAAGGGGGAAACAACAACACGUAUUGCCAUGAUAACUAUAUGAACUACUUCCAGUGGGAUAAGAAAGAAGAGUCGUCAUCAGAUUUUUUCAGAUUUUGCCGUCUAGUAACCAACUUCCGCCACUGA